UAAUCUAUCCCAAGCAAUGGUUUUACCAUACACUGUAGAUAAGACUUCUGCACUAACUCACAUAGUCUGCGACAAAAUGUUGCGACUUGUUUUUCUCUGUGUAAUUUCCAUUACCGAACUGUUGGCUGAAAACGUAAGAUGUGGGAAUCUUCAACCUGGCAACUGCUGUGCUUAUGGAAAGGAAUAUGAAGUUGGGGAAUUCGUUCUGGGAUUUCCAGAUAACACUGGUAGUUGUCAAAGACUGGUUUGUAUCUUCGGGCACCUGAUUCAGGUUGAAAGAUUUCCAUGCAUUCAAGGCCAGUAUCCAGAAAAUGACAAAAUGAGCAUGGAAAAAGUAAUUCAACGCCGAUCCAUCCUUACCACCAUUCCACCAGCUUUUACGACACAUGACUUUACGACAACAGAUUUUACGACAAUCCCCUCUAACAUGUGUCAUCAUAACGGAAGGUGGUAUAUGCCAGGAACAUUGAUCGAAAAAGGUCAAAGUGGAAACUGGUGUUAUUCUACAUACUGCUCACAUGACGGCCAUUUGCUUUAUGGUGACAACUUCCAUUGUAUGACAACCAUCCCUGUUUCUACCACUGUUCCUACCACUCUUCCCACCACUACCACCCCCACGCCCACAUCAACACGGUUCUUCAUCACUCCCAUGUAUUGCUUUUUCAAAGACCCAACCACCGGAGAAACGGUUGUCUGGCGAGGUGGAACCGAGGGCAAAUUGAGUGAUGGUACCGCGUGCAGAUGUGAAUACUGGGGUCGACUGUCUUGCCCUGAAAACAAUGUCGGUAAAUGAAUAUUUAGGUGUCUCCAUCUGAUUGUACUUCAAUAAAGAUUUAUUUCAAGUA